CUCUAUUACGACCACGCAAACGAGCACAGCGAACGGAAGAGCAUAGCAAUAUACACGGAUAAACAGGCCGCUAUAUGGUCUAUAGUCGAGGCGGAGGGACGAUCUGGCGCCUACAUCCUCGGAAAGAUCGCGCAGCAGAUCCAGGAGCUCCAGGACAAAGGCCUAACCGUGACCACCCGAUGGAUACCGGCUCACGUAGGCAUCCCCGGAAAUGAGGCCGCCGACCAGGCUGCCAAGGAG